UGACUCUGAAACAAAAUGGCUAAUGUCGAUGUGAUUAGCGACGAGAGUCGAAAUAUAGAGAAAAAGAAAAAGAAGAAGGACAAGUCGAUAAUCCAAGAAAAUGAUGGAAGUAUUGGGCAAUCCCAGCUUGAUACAGAUUUUCUCAUAAAACCCACUUCUCUUGCUGCAAAGUUGGAUACAUCCAAUUGGCCUCUUCUGCUCAAGAACUAUGACAAGCUCAAUGUGAGAACGGGCCAUUACACCCCUUUACCAUGUGGUAGCUCACCGCUUAAGAGGGAACUAAAAGACUACGUUUCAGGAGGAUUCAUAAAUUUAGACAAGCCUGCAAAUCCGUCUUCUCAUGAAGUUGUUGCUUGGAUAAAGAGAAUCUUGCGAGUUCAAAAAACAGGGCAUAGUGGUACCCUUGAUCCUAAAGUAACCGGAUGCUUGAUUGUGUGCAUUGAUAGAGCAACAAGGCUGGUCAAAUCACAGCAAGGUGCAGGAAAGGAAUAUGUGUGUGUUGUAAGGCUUCAUGGAGCAAUUGAAAGUGAAAGUAAGCUUGCUAAGGCACUGGAAAUGCUCACAGGAGCCAUGUUUCAAAGGCCGCCACUUAUCUCUGCAGUAAAACGACAGCUUCGUGUAAGAACUAUUUAUGAAAGUAAGCUUCUUGAAUAUGAUGCAGAGAAGCAUCUUGGGGUGUUUUGGAUUAGCUGUGAGGCAGGGACUUACGUGCGAACUCUUUGUGUCCAUAUAGGACUACUCCUUGGAGUUGGAGCUCACAUGCAAGAGUUAAGAAGAGUUCGAUCAGGCAUCCAAUCAGAAAAUGAAGGCAUCGUUACAAUGCAUGAUGUUCUUGAUGCACAAUGGUUAUAUGACAAUGCAAAAGACGAGUCUUAUUUAAGGAGGGUCAUAAAACCGUUAGAGGCACUCCUUGUGUCACACAAGCGUUUAGUCAUCAAGGACAGUGCUGUCAAUGCAAUUUGUUAUGGUGCUAAACUUAUGCUACCAGGUAUCUUGAGAUAUGAAAAUGGGAUUGAAAUCAAUGAUGAAGUAGUGAUGAUGACUACAAAAGGAGAAGCUAUUGCAACUGGCGUAGCACUGAUGACAACAGCAACUAUUGCAACAUGUGACCAUGGUGUUGUUGCUAAAAUCAAAAGAGUUAUUAUGGAGAGGGACACCUAUCCUAGAAAAUGGGGCUUAGGACCAAAAGCUUCAAAGAAAAAGGAGCUGAUUGCAUCAGGUAAGCUUGACAAGCAUGGUAAACCCAAUGAAAAAACACCAAGUGAUUGGAAGGACUACAAAGAAUUUGGACAUAUAAGUGGAGAGAAAUUGUUAGAGCAAGCAUUAAAGAAGAAAGAGGGAAAAGCUUCAGAAUCUACAAAGAGGAAGCACAAAAGUAGUAGCAGCAGCGAAGAUGAGGCAAAGGUGAAGAUAGAUUUGAAAAAGGUAAAGACAGCGGGAGGAGACAGCCAGGAAGGAAAUGAAGAGAGUGCUAAAGUUGAGAAGAAGAAGAAAAAGAAGAAGUCAAAGGAAGAAGACAAGGAAGAGAAGGAAGAGGCUAUAGAAGAAUCAAAGAAAGAAAAGAAGAAGAAAAAGAGCAAGGAUGAUUCAAUCAUAAAAGAAGAUCAGGCAGUGAAUGGAGAAGAUAAUGAUGAAGAGAAAAAGAAGAAGAAGAAAAAGAAGAAAGACAAAGGUGAAGAAUAACCUUGAUUUUUGUGUAACAUGAACUAUAAAACUUUCAAGUCUACAUGGGUAGAUAUUUUGCUAAUGGCUAAUCAAAUGGUGUUCUUUUUAUAUUUUAUGCAUAUUUGAAGUAUUUUACAUGUAAUAUGAAACUAUAGCCUGUUACAUUGGUAAAAUUAAUCAAGCCAAUUUCAUAUAAUUUUUUGUGUUGUCUUUCCCAAAUGUCAUUUUGGCAAUCUCUAGUUCUUGGCCAUUUCAAACCACCCUUAUGUUAGAGUUAUAAUCUAUAAAAAUGGCCCGUAGAAUAAUUAUGAAUCAAAGGGAAUCAAUUGUUGUUUGCAGCAUUCAAUGACAAUUGUGAAGAGCUAGUAUAGAAGGAGAGGGGACUGUCAAAUCUCAAAUCAAUAUUGCAGUCUUUAUAAAUAAUUUUGAUUUUUUAGUAGUUUUCAUGCAUGGAUCAGCUCAAAUUUUUAUCAAGUCCAAUUUUAUCACUAAAA